UUGAAAGUUUUCCGUUAAGUUAAAUUAAUUUUAAGACUCUAUAAAAUUUAUUUUGAAAUCUAUAAAUGAAGCUAAAAGGGUAUCCAAGUUCGAAGUUUGGGAGGAUCAAAAGAGAUGACUCAGCUACUCAAUCCAAAGCAGCUUUGUCUACACAAGAGACUUACAUCAAUGAUGAGCAUAACACUACAGAUGUGUAUGCUACGAACCUCACCCAGACUGAAGAACUUCUGAAAUCUGUUGGUUUAGGAUCCCUCAUAAGACCAAUGAAGCCAAAACACCGUCGGAAUGACACUGAGAUCUCAGACUUGUCCCAAUUUGGAGACAUUGAUGAAGAAGUGACUGAUGAAGAGCCUAUCUCUAAGAAUAUGUAUACUCACAGUAACAGGAUUAUCAAGAAGUCUCCUCUCCCUACUGUUGCAGAUACCCAAUAUGGAGAGAUUCUCAAAGUGCGUAAAUAAGGGUAGGGACAAAAGCAUAGACUGGUUCUCCAGUAAGUUCGAAAUUCCUGCUGCUUCUUCCAAGCAAAAAGAUAUCCCGACUCUUGUAGAAGAGGAAACCAGUUAUGAUGAUUUGAACGAUUACAUGCCAACCGAGCAGUAUGAUGGUGGCUUUAACAUGAAGCUGCACCCUCAUUGAUUGACUGGGGCAAAAGGCUUAGAUACUUCUUAUAAUCUUGAAAACCUAGACAAUUCCUCUGAGUUUGAAGAAAACGAAGAGAAUGAGGAAUUUGAAGACUUAUUGGCUGUUGGAAACCUCCACUUUCAUGACGCCCAAUUUCGAGACAGUGAUAAACUUGAGGUAAUUAGUCACUUAUCUGACCAAUCGGAAGAAGUUCAAAAACUUGCUCUAUACACAGAUGAGGAUGAAAAUCUUCCUCAAAAACCAGAGAGCAGCAGUAAGGGCGCUUGUAAAUCUCGCAUAUCUUUGGUAAAUAUCCAAAACAGAGAGAAUGCAGAGAUAGCACUGAACGCUCAAGAUUUCGAAGCUGUGCUACAAGAGAGCCCACCCAAAAUCAUUCCUAUAAAUGAAGCUAAAAGAACAGAGUUAGAAAAUCUCGACGAUGAGAUUUUGAUCACUCAAGAAUCGAAUGAGUACGAACUGGAAGAAUGCAAUAUCUUCGACCAGGGAAACAACGACCAUAAGGUAUAUCAGUGCUUGCUUCGCAAUGGCAAAUUACUGAAGAAGCAGAAGCUGAAUAAGAAGAAGACUAUAGGGUCCACAAGGACCUCUAUCAAAAGCGCUUAUUCUUCUCUAUCUUCACUCAGCCUUUAUGGCAGUGGCUCUUUCUCCAAAAGUAAGCAGAGAUCAUCAACUCUUCUGAAAAACAAGGUGAAAGAGAUCAAAAGUAAGAUGAGUGGAAAGAAGACUCAUACUCGGAAUAAGAGCAGAAAUCUAGAGGAUACUCUUACUAAGAAGACUUCUAGAAAGAAUGCUCUCGAGAGUAUCCCAGAAUACAGCAAGAAAUUAAAGAGUAUUUACCUUAAGAAUUAAUGUCAAU